ACUAGAGGAGGAGACGGAUUUGGGAAAAGCAGUUCAACCUAAACUCAAUAGCGUUAGUGCGAGCUACACGGAUUAACGGCAGCUUUAGUUGUCGUUACUGUCGUACGAUAGUGUUUCUAUCUCACUCAAAUACCCGGGUUCGAGCGAGAGAUUCUGUUUGGUCCACUUUGGAGGAGGCGCACACAUCGGAGCGAGCGUCGUAAUCGUUUAUUUCCUUGGUGGAGCGAAAGGAGCCGUGGUUGUGGCCGGGCAGCCCCGCCGAACUGUCGCCUCUGUACGGAAUAUAACAUAUAUAACAUAUUCGUAGUAGGAGAGUGGAAAUGCCCGUUUCAACGGCGUUUGGGGUGUUUUGAAUAUAUUCGACCGAGUUAACCGAAGAGAAGUUUGAUUGGACAGCGGAGUGCGCUUGAUUUCCAGUCCGAUGAACGUGAGCCCUGCCCGGCUGUGGCUCGGCUCUGUUCUCCGCGGAUCAGAGCAGAACAGGUUCAACACCAGCGAGAGCAGGUGAACUACAACAAUGCUGCAGACCUGGCUGAAACACGACAGCCCGGGCUUGAAUGCCAACAAGUCGUCCUCCAUUGCUCGCCUGUAAACCUGGAAAUACCAGCAGCCAUCCCCUCCUCUUCUUCAUCCUCCUCCUCUUCCUCCCCUGCUCUGUGUUUGGACUAGUACGGCUCGAAUUAUCUGGGAUAUUCGGGAUUCUGCCUCGAUCUCCACAUUACAAAGAUGCUUUUUGCAGAGACAGUGUUCCUCGGGACAUCAAGACGUUUAAUCUGACUGUCGAUUUAAGAUUUUUACCUUUUUAAAUUGUUUUUGUUUUGAUAUUUUUAAAAAUCGUUUUUCCAGCCAGAGGAUCGGAUUCGGAUGGAAAAUGGGAGACGCUACCAAACUGGCCUUCGCCGUUUUCCUCAUCUCCUGCUCUUCAGGUGCCAUCCUGGGACGUUCAGAGACUCAGGAGUGUGUCUAUUACAAUUCCAGCUGGGAGAAGGAUCGCACCAACCGCAGUGGUAUUGAGCCGUGCUACGGCGAGAAGGACAAGCGGCGGCACUGUUUCGCCACAUGGAAGAAUGUCUCCGGCACGGUGGAGAUAGUUAAGCAGGGCUGUUGGCUGGACGACGUCAACUGCUACGACAGUAAUGAGUGUGUGGAAAGGAAGGAGAAUCCCGAAGUGUUCUUCUGCUGCUGCGAAGGCAACAUGUGCAACGAGAGGUUUCUCUACGCCCCUGAAUCGCCCCCACCAAGCGACCCGCACCAUACAACCGCCUACACCACCUCCAACCCAUUUCCUCCGAAGCCCCCGCUCUUGAGCACUCUGCUUUAUUCCUUGAUUCCCAUCAUAGGCCUGGCUGCUGUGGUCCUCUUCUCCUUCUGGAUGUGGAGACACCACAAACUGGCUUAUCCAGCUGCACUCGUCCCCACACAUCACGCCUUUCACAUUAUGGUGGAGGAUCCUGGACCCUCACCCCCAUCCCCUGUUUUGGGACACAAACCACUGCAGCUGAUCGAGGUGAAAGCCAGGGGGCGCUUCGGAUGUGUGUGGAAAGCCCAGCUGUUGAGUGAAUACGUGGCUGUUAAGAUCUUCCCAAUUCAGGACAAGCUGUCUUGGCAGAACGAGUACGAGAUGUACAGCGUGAGCGGCAUGAAGCACGACAACAUCCUCCACUUCCUAGGCGUGGAGAAGAGGAACAACAACCUGGACCUGGAGCUGUGGCUCAUCACCGCCUACCACGAGAAGGGCUCCCUGACGGACUACCUGAAGGCCAACGUGGUGUCCUGGAACGAGCUCUGCCACAUCGCCCAGACAGCGGCCCGCGGCCUGGCCUAUCUCCAUGAAGACAUCCCGGGGCACAAGGAAGGACACAAGCCUUCCAUCGCUCACAGGGAUAUAAAGAGCAAGAAUUUACUGUUGAAGAGCAACCUCACCGCCUGCAUAGCUGACUUCGGCCUCGCUCUAAAGUUUGAGGCUGGAAAAUCAGCAGGAGACACACACGGACAGGUGGGAACGCGUCGCUACAUGGCUCCCGAGGUUCUUGAGGGUGCCAUCAACUUCCAGCGCGACUCCUUCUUGCGCAUCGACAUGUACGCGUUUGGCCUCGUCCUCUGGGAGCUGGCAGCGCGAUGCACCGCCGCAGAUGGCCCAGUGGACGAGUACAUGCUCCCGUUUGAAGAGGAAGUGGGUCAACAUCCGUCUCUGGAGGACAUGCAGGAGGUCGUCGUCCAUAAGAAGCUGCGGCCCUGCCUGCGGGACUGCUGGCAGAAACACACGGGUAUGGCCAUGCUGUGCGAGACCAUCGAGGACUGCUGGGACCACGAGGCAGAGGCUCGGCUGUCGGCCGGCUGCGUCGAGGAGCGGAUCGGCCAGAUGCAGCGCCAAGCCCCCAUCAUUGGCCCUGAGGAGAUUGUCACGGUUGUCACCAUGGUGACCAAUGUGGACCUCCCUCCCAAAGAGUCCAGCUUAUGAUCGGCCCUGUGGCUGAAACCGGACGAGCUCGCAGAAACAUGGAUGAACGGCCAGCCCUGGUUGGCUGGCGUAGUUGUCUUUUCUCAGUUUCUCUGCUUUUGCACCCCCUCCCCCCCUAGUGUGGGCCGCUACUCGCAUUCAGGAAACACCCUGUGCCCACGUCAUCACAUCAGUUUAUAUCCACCUCAUUUUGAUAUGUGUGCCUGAGGAUUUUUAACGUUUUACCAGUGGAAACUCUCAACUGGAGGUUCAGGAUAUUUCCAAACGGCGUCACUGAGGAUGCUGACACGCUGGGAUGACGACGCUCAGCAAACACUUUUGUCAUGUAUUGUUUUUAUAUACAUACACACACACAGGAGGGCGGCUUGUUCUGCUCGGUUUUCUACGGAGAGAGAAGAUCUUGCAGAGGAAUUUCACAGGACUCUCAGUGCAUUUUAGUGUAACAGAAAAAAGACGAGCACCUGGCUCUCCAUACAUUUGCUGUUUUCUCGUGUGAAUUUUGUUUUUCUUUUUUUGAAGAAACGACUAUCGUUCUGCCAAUAAGCAACGGCUUCUGAAUGUUUAUAGUGUAUUGCUGCUGUACAUAAUGUAUUAUGGACCCAGACAUUGGUAAUCGAGCUUAUUUUAACGGGGGGGGGGUCCAUUUUCAAGCAUUACGACGAUAAGAACCAUAAACCUCCUUCAACCAGGUAUACCUCAGUUCAGAUGGACACAGUUUAAAUUAGUCACUCUCCCUGUUCACAGUCACAGCUGACAACCUUGGCUCUUCAUGACGUUCAAACAAUCUGCUGUCAGCCAUGGCGCUCAUGGGUAAUGUAGUCAGCCAAGCCUCCAUGUUCAUGGCCAUACACAAUGAAAACACACUUCUGCUCUUUCUCGGUUUGCUUCACUCAGACAUUUGACUAAUAUCUUUCUCCUGUUGUUGGUUUAUUUUACAUUCUUUGAGAUUUUCUCUUUUGAUAAUAGGGAAAAGUUCCCCCCAGAUGAAGUUGUAAGUGAACAGUGAUUUUUCUGUUUGGGUUUGCCGUGUCAAGUGUCAGCAGACAAAUAAUAUCUGUUGACGUGCCUGAUUUUGGCCAUCUGGAUAUACAGUAUUUGUAUUUAUAUCUGUCUGGAUUAGUGCUGGGUAUCGAGUCAUGACACCUUUCGUGUUUGGUAUUUGUACCAAAUCUGAAGGUAUUAAAUCGCUUCAAGACAGUCACACUCUGAAAUCGGCUAAAUGUGGUCUGGUUGCUUGUAGAGAAAGCUGAUUAACAUGACACAGUGGUUGAGUCUAGCAUCAAAUUGUUUGUUUCUGGGGUACCCAGCCCUACUCUGGAAGUGGACCUGGAUUUAGCUGAGCCAGCCUGCUUUUGAUUUGAGUGCACACAUCUUUUGGACAACUAUCAAGAGUUUCUGCUCUCUUUUGAUACACCUCAGGAAUCUUUGCUACUUACCACUUCCUCACUUCCUGCUCAUCUUCACCUGUUUCUGACUUUUACGCUUCCUAUCUUGUCUCGUCUCUGUUUGUUAGGGUUCAGUCGGCUCUGAACAAAGGUCUGUGCUGGCUUUUGGACCUGCCUAAAUCUAAUGUUAGUACUAAAUCCAAGCAGUCCCAUCUCAAGGACUGAGGCUGGUUCGUGGCCAGUUAGUAUGCACACUCAACCAGCUCCAAGUCAUCAGAAGCAGAAUGAAUGUGGUGAGUUAGCUGGUAUCUCCAGCCCCUUUGGUAUCAAGCAUCUGGUCUGGCCUUGGUUACCUCCCCCGCAGUUAAGGUGUCUGGUCAACUACUGUAACACACAUUUGCGAUAGCAUUGUGAUUUUUUUUUUUUUUUUUUUUAAUCCAGGCAGACUUCAACUUGUAGACGUCCGGUGUCACUUAGUUCUCUAAAGUUCUAUACGGGCGUUUUGUCUCCCCAGUUGAACACACACACUAAACUAACAGAAGCAACGAUCUGCUGGCUCUGCGACUUUUUGACACUAACCCCACCAUCACACGGCUAACAGCAAGUUGAGACGAGCACCUCCCCUAUCUCUUUCUUCAUCCCGGUGCCAUUUGACCAUACCCAUACUAGUUACUCUUGUAGAUGUCAGGCAAAACGGAUGUAUUUGUCAUUGCUGUCAAGGCAACAAUGACAUUUUUGAGUCAUUAUUUCCUCUGAGGGAUUUUGAACACUGGUGCCGGCAGACCUGCAGUCUCUCCUCAAACUUUGGGACGGUUUCACUGAUACAGUUUAAAAUCAAGCGGUGCACCCAGAAAUACUCAUUAUGGAGGAACCUCUUUCCUUCAAACCAUUCUGCGUUCAGGACAAUAACCUAAAUAAAUUUUAAGCAAACAUAGUACUGUAGAAAUGACUGAGACUGGGACGGGGCAUGAAAGCAAAACAUCUUGUAUUAUACAUCAAACAGUGGAGUCUCCAAUAUCUGAACAAGCCAAAUAUACAUCACAUUUAAAAAUUUGUUAGACUAACCAACAGCAGUUUUCAUUAGGUUUUUUUGCUGCAUAAAAUGCACAUGCAUACAUGCAUAAGGAAGUGGAAGCCAUCGUUUUGUUCUUUACUUACUGUAGCUCCACAUUUACAGUACAUUAGUAUUUCUUCCUUUUGCCGCUGCUGUUUUCACCUUUAAUUCAAAACGAGUCCUCACAAAACAGUCAGGGAUGCUCAGUAGUGCAAAACCCCAGCUGCCCUUCAAUAAACACUACCUCACUCACAGGGAUUCCUCUGGGGUAGAAAGUAAUUCAACCAAACCAAAAUCUCAACUGUAUAGAAAAGGAACUAGUUUGUGAAUCGGGUGUGAAGUUCCAGAUUGGGGGAUUCUUUUUCUGAGUGCACUCAUGUUUAAAUAUUAUAAAAUAAGCUUAAGGUGUUUCCUUGUUUGCAUCAGUGUCGUACUGUUGAAGACUAAAUGGCAGUAAUGUGUAACACGUACAGGGCAGUUCAGCAGUAUUACCCUUAGUAUUACCCAGCAGCCUCUAAAAGUUGGCUGGUUUUCUGCCAAAGCAGCUGGUAGAGUUGACGAAGCCAUCAGCUACACAGUGCUUCGUUGGAGGUGAGCCCCAGUUCCACAGGGUGACUGUUUGAGCUUAAACUGCACCUGAGAAACCGGCCCAGAUCGACAAAUACCAUUCAGGGAUCCAGUACUAUGCUUUUCUAAGUUCUAGCGAGUUAUAUGCAACCAGUGCCGCAAACUACCCCGCACGUCUGUGGGGUCAGCUGCAGGAGUGACUUUCAAUAUAUACAAACACACAAAUAACUUGUAGCAUUUUUUUUAAUCCGUGACCUUGCAUAUUGAUAUGUUGUAUUUAUUUUUUAAUUUACAGGCCUGAGGGUUUUGGGGGAUCAGAGCUUAAGUGCAACUCAGAAAUAAGUUGUAAGAGUUGGCCCAUGUUUGCCGUUAGGGGUGGGGGUGGGCGCUCGGUUGGAAUUCAGGAAAUACUUUCAGUGAUUCAAAAAAGAUAUAAAGUGUAACGUGCUUGUUCUAUUCAGUCUAUGGACAAACAACUGAGAGUGAAUGUUCUUCAGACUCCUGGAUCCCAGUAUUGUGUGUACUUUGGACUGAGCCCGGCUCUGUUUAACUUUAGAGGGCUUUGCGUUCGGCUGGUUUCGUGUGAUUGUGCCCCGUCGCUCUAGAAACUAGUAAAACCGCAUGCAGAGAUCCAUUCAUACACCUUGUGUGUUGUACAGUUACCUGGUAAAGAUGUGAACCUGUUUUGACUGAGAUGAAGCAGGAGAUGGACCUUCAGCCGCCGACGGCAGAGCAGAACGGGCACUCGCUCAGUUAACAAGCACCAAAAUGUCCACAAGCAGCCUUUUCACGGGCUCCUAAUCUGAACAGAAAUGUUAGUUCAUCCAGAAUCAGAGCUCGGUUGUGUGUUUUCGUCUGUCCAGACGAUUGCAGACAAAGCCGAGCUGUUGUGCUGCUGUCCUGAGCCAGCUGAAUGUUGAAUCUGAGCUUCAUGUGAACCUCUGUGAUUGGGUUUCCUCAGCGUGCAGGCUUUACUUGUUUCUGUCUCGACCUCCUCUGGCCCAGCACCUCAGUGCUGUGCAUAUAAACUACAAGUGAAACAUUUGUGUCUUGUUGCCCCCACUACUUUAAGCAGUCUAGAAUCUGUACAGACAUGAGAACAUAAAUACCUGUAUUAACUAUAUACUCUGAGCUGAAUAUUUAUAAGUGCGUGUUGAACUUCAGUGUUUCCUCUACAUUCAUUUCUACUUUUGUUGUGUUCUGAUUCAGUGGGGCCUGGCCCAGCAGCGUAAUAAUUGUCCUUUUAAAUAUGCUAAACACGUUGAGCUUUGUGUAAGCUGAAAGCGAGAGGCUCAUUGGAGUACUUACCGAAAGGAAAGAAAGCACUUAAGGUUCCAUCAGCAUCAAGGGUGGGGUGUUCCUCAAGGAACCGCUUUGGGUGCCCUUCCAUUGCAUUUGACGAAACUCUAAAGUUCUUUAAGAGCAGUUGCAAUACUCCAUGUGUAACAAUCCAAUCAUCACCUAUAGGUAAAUCAUUCCAGCAUCUCAAUCACCUCCUUUUUCCUACUGUUGGUAAGAAUUUUAGAGGAAACAUUGAACUCUGGUGACCUCGCCGCCAAGACUGUCUUGGCAGCAAGAUACGUCUGGUUGCCAGGCCUUAAAUUUCUACAAAACAAAAACACUUCAAGCGUUUUUGACCCCACAUUUCUCCGAGGCUCUGGAAUUGCAGCGCUGAUCCAGGAUCUCCCGUUGCUGUCUGUGAUGGUAAUGAUGCUCACAGGGUUUCUGGGAUUCAAGGCUGGAAUAGUCCGAUGCAAUUUUAUUUUCUUGUGUGUUGCAUGUAGAAACAUGUUUUAUUUUUUGGUUGUAUUGUUUUAUAACUGGCAGAAAUGUACAAAAUAGUUCUGGGAUAUCAGACUGGAAACGUGUAGACAGUGCACCAGAAGCAUCCCACUGGAUGAGCAGGAGUGAGUCCUCUCACCCUGACCUCUGAUCCCCAGUGAAGGGGGCAGGAAAAAAACAUGGCCACGAAUAGAAAACAUUCAGAAACCCUGGACACAUUAUCGCAACGGACACAGGAUUGAUCCCUGAUCAGCGCUGUGACUCAUGGCUCAUGGUUUUUAUCAGCUGAAGUGAUCCACGUGGUGUAAAUAAAUGUGUUUUUAGAUUGUGA